AUGCCGAAGUCUAAAAGGAAUAAAAUUGUUUCCUUAACUAAAACCAAAGGAAAGAAUUUUGAUCAUAAGAAAGAUUUAAUAGAGCAGAUCCGAACGUGCGCGGAUAAUUAUCAGCAUGCCUUUGUCUUCUCUGUAGAAAAUAUGAGAAAUAACAAGUUGAAAGAAGUUCGGAACUUAUGGAAGGACAGCAGAUUUUUCUUAGGCAAGAAUAAUAUUGCACAAAUAGCCUUGGGACGAAGCGUACAAGACGAAUACAAGGACGGCCUUCAUCAUAUAGCCAAGAAAUUAAAAGGAAAUGUGGGAUUACUAUUUACUAACUGCAACAAAGACGAAGCUAUUCAAUGGUUCAGUAAAUUCGCUGAAAAUGACUAUGCCAGAGCUGGAUUUGAGGCAACACUGGAUGUAGAAUUGCCCGAAGGCAAGUCAAAAAUUGUAUCGACUAAUAAUAGCUCUUAUUUUAAUGGCAUGACGACAGGUCCCAUUGAUCAGUUUCCUCAUUCUAUGGAACCGUACCUACGCCAGCUGGGAAUGCCAACAUGUUUAAAAAAAGGCAUAGUAACCUUAUCCACUAAUUAUACUGUAUGUAAAGUAGGAGAUAAGUUAACACCGGAACAAGCCAAAGUAUUGAAAUUAUUCAAUAUUCCUUUGGCUACGUUCAGAGUACAGCUACUAUCGAUAUGGUCUGCCGACGGUUUAUUUGAAGAUUUAUAA